AUGGCUAGUGCUACCUGCCCAGCGCCCACCCGAAGCCCCCCAGCCAGCGCUCUUUGUCUGGCUGUCUGCCAUUUCCCACCCGACACCACACGCACACACACACAUACACAUACAUUCUCUCCGCCAACCCGCGACGCGACUCAACGUUGUCGUCCAUCAAACCACCCACUGUGCCGUGUUACGGCCCCGUCUCCAUCCAUCCCUGCGCCCAUCAAUGGGCUCUUGGCCGCCGUGCCUGCUGAUUUCGCUGACGUCGCCGCGCACAGCUUGUCGGGCUCAUCGCCAUGA